AUGGUGACGAAAGGGAAGCAGGAGAGAACAGAGACCAUGCCCUUAGAUUUUAACAGUGGGAAGAUGUUGAUGGACAGGAAUGAAACCUGGCUCUCUAAUUUCUCCUCUGCUGCCUCCUCCUUUGCAAGGGGAGGGGUUGGGCUCCAGGAGGUGCUCAUCGGGCUCGUCCUCACCCUCAUCGAUGUGGUCACCCUGCUGGGAAACACCAUCGUGUUCCUGUGCCCCGUGGUGGAGAAGAGGCUGCGCACAGUCACCUACAUGUUCAUCAUGUCCUUGGCCAUGGCAGACUUCCUCGUGGCCUGUCUGGUGAUGCCCUUCAGCAUCAUUUACGAGGUGACAGGGAUGUGGCUGUUUGGGAAGUUGUUCUGCAAAGUCUGGAUCUCCUUCGAUGUCAUGUUCUGCACUGCAUCCAUUGUCACGCUGUGCUUCAUCAGCCUGGACAGGUACUGCUCCGUGGUCACCCCCUACCACUACUCCAAAAGGAUGUCCCGUGGCAGAUGCAUCGUGAUGACCUGCACGGUCUGGGUAUAUUCCUCCCUCAUUUCCUUCCUGCCCGUCAUGCAAGGCUGGAAUGAAAUCCCUGGCGUGGACUUUGAUGCAGGCAGAGAAUGCAUCUUUGUCACCAACUGGGUUUUUGCCAUCGUGGCUUCUGCCCUGGCGUUUUUCCUCCCCUUCAUGGUCAUGUGCCUCAUGUACUUCUUCAUCUACCGAGCCUCCCGCCUCAAGGCCACCCGCAUCAUGUCCCAGACGCUGGAGAUCCACUACCACCCCAACAGCAAGCGGCAGAACCACCUGCAGCUGGAGAACAAGGCCACGAGGACCAUCAGCAUCAUCAUCUCGGUGUUUGUGCUCUGCUGGCUGCCCUACUUCGUGCUGAACGUUUGGCUGGCAGCCAGAGGCACCGACUCCACCAGCACGGUGCUGCUCGGCACCUUCAAGAUCAUCACCUGGCUGGGCUACUGCAACUCCACCAUCAACCCCCUGCUCUACGCCUUCCUCAACAGGGACUUCCAGCACGCCCUCAAGAAGCUGCUCAUCUGCAGGCACAGGUCUCAGGUGGAUGUUGGGGAGGACAUGGUUUCCAUAGCCACCUUUUCCAAGACUGCUCCGGACCUGGAAUACAGCGUGACGGUGCCCAAUGGUGCCCCGAAGGGCAAACCCAAGUCAUAG